AUGGAGCAGGGAACCGAAAGCCAGACGCGAGGCCCCUCCAAGGACCUGGAAAGGGGUCCCGAUGUGCUCCCACGCUACUCCAAUGCAUCGGCUGGCGAUGCCAUGGGCAUUGGCUCCCCCAUUUCCUCCAUUUCCUCCUCAAACUCAUCCAUCAUGGGAGAGGAACUGCCGCCAGAUAUGGGUGAGGAAUGGGGACCGCAACACCCUUGCUUCCCGCACCUCAACCCUCACGUCCCUGUCGACUCUCCCGAGUAUCGAAACACUCGAAUCAUUCGCGUACGUCGGGACUGGUUGAUAGAAGGAGACCUGGCACCGACCUUCUCCAACCUGUACCCUGAGAUUCUGGACCCGGCAGGCUUGUCAGAACUGGAAUUUCGAAGGAUCAUCGACAAGCUCAACGGCGAGCUCAUUCCCAUCUUCAGCCCGUAUAGUUGGAGAAACAUCUUGGACGGCUUGUUGGGCCUUAUGACGGGCUGGUUAUGGGAUGACCUGGGCUUCACCGGAGUCAAGGCUCGGCUGGACCGCCUAGAACGUUGGAUCGACCAGUGGAACACCGAGAUGGAGAAGACUGUUGGCAACGAGGACGGUUCGAUGGCGCCGCGCAUCAUCUCCCUAAGGAAAACCGGUUACAUGACACUGGAUAUCCAGAUCCCAGACCCUGAAAUCGCUCCAGCCCCUAGCACGCCUGGGGGCUCGAGAUCCGAAGGUUUGCCGAUGGAGCCGCCGCCCGUCGCUGUGGCAUAA